GAAACCUUCUUUAACGGGCGGGUGCAGUCUUCUUGUGGUUAUUCAUGUUUUUUAUAUAUACAACUAGCCACCUAGCUGAACAUACACACAUUCGAAUUGGAUUACCAUUUUUGUGAUAGUUCAAUUCUGAUCUCUUUCCCUUCCCCCUCUCUAAUAUUAGUCUGAAGUAUCAGGUAUAUAUCCUUCGAUCAUCCUUUCACUGCCUUCUUUUAUAGCUAAAAGUCCUGACGUCGUAUAAAGCUAGCUAGCUUGCAACUUCAAGCAACUGAUAUCAAGGCUCUAGCUAGCUGUUAAUUUCUUGGAUCAGCGAUAUGCGUGCUUCUUUCUGUAGUUGUGAUAUAAUCCAGCGAAUAAGAAGCAUGCUCAAGGUGAAGUUGAUGUUGUUGCUGUAUGAUCUUCUCAAACUUCUGCUCGAGAAGAUCAUCUACUAUCCAGAAUCAUUCCUUAGACACAGUGAAGAUGGUCAACAAAGUAAGGACGAUAGUGAUCAUCAGCUGGAGGUCUUGAACUUUGAAGAUGCAGCAACUUCAGAUCCUACUUGGUUGCACAUGCAAGUACCAGUGGUUCCGGUGGUAAAUAUUGACACAGAAUUCAUUAAGAAGCAACUACCGGUUGUGCUAUACCGGGACCUAAUUCUGAAGAAAACAAGCAGCCAACGCCAAUUUCAAGCUACAUCAUCAUCUUCGGAGCAGGAAAUGCACAAGUCAUCAUGUAUUGUGUGCAUGAAUAGCAUGGAGGGCAGGGACGAGGUGAGAGAGCUGUGCAAUUGUGAGCAUGUUUUCCACAGAGACUGCCUGGAUGCUUGGAUCGGUCAGGCUCAGCUAACUUGUCCUCUUUGUAGAUCUGAGCUACUAAUACCCGCUCCUACUUCUGCUACUACUUCAAAGCAAGAUAAAGAUGGAGGAAGAGAUCCAUGGAGGGCCGAGAGGAUGAUUUACUUGUUUGGUGAAGAUAUUUUCUUCACGAUCUAGCAUUCAUUUCUUUUUUGCAUCAAUCAAAACUGCGUUUUUUUUUUUUCCAGCUUAUUUCAAGAUUCGAACAUAACCGAUGAAAAUCAAAGUUUGUAAUAUCUGUUAUAUAUCUAUGAUAUUUUAGUCUUUAGUUAA